AGCAGGCAGAUUGACCAGUGGUGCUGCUUGACUCUCACUUCACCUGUUUGCUGCCACUAAAACUGUCUGUCUGUUGGUCAACAUGCUGGUCCAGGCACUCCUGCAGACCUCUCUGGUCCUGUGGCUGGUACAGAGCACCAUACAGGGAGGAGUUAGGCCACAGACUGGAGCUCUUGGAAGAUUGGCAAGUCGAGGGCCUGGUAUUGGUGCAAAAACUGGAGUGGCUGGAAUUCUCGGAGCUCGUGGUUAUGGUGCAGGCAAGCCAGGGAAGACGAGUGCGGGCCGUUACCUUGGAGGAGCAGCAUACAGACCCACUGCCAUGAGAGGAGGCCUGAAACAAGGAUAUGGGACACUGGGUUACGGAGGGGCUGCAAACCUGGGUGCUGGUCUUGGUGCUGGCCUUGGUGCUGGUCUUGGGACUGGCCUUGGGACUGGUCUUGGGCCAGCUGGACUGGGACUUGGAGCAGCCUAUGGUUUAGGCAACGGGCUGGGAGCAGCUUUGGGUUAUCCCGGUGGAAAGCUUGGAGCUAGAGGUUACACUGGUAAUGGCUAUGGAGCUCAGCUAGGUUAUGGUGCUGGUGGAUACCCUGGCGUUGGACGCGGAUAUGGUGUACCAGCUGGCACAUUCACAGGGCAAGGCUCAAAACCAGCAAAACUGGGUGUUGGGCCUAGAGGUGGCCAGCCCAUGUCACAGGGACAGACGGGUGAUGGUUACGGUCCUGGAUCAUUCCCUAAUGGGCAGAGUCCUAUAGGCAAUGGUUUCCCAUCGGGACCAGGAUUGACCAAUGGAAUGAAGGCUCAAACUAAGGGAGCUGUCUUGCCCAGAAGACAGGGCACCAAACCAUCCAAUACGGGGUAUGGGCUUGGAGCUGCUGGAUAUCUUGGAACUGGGCUUGCUGAUGGUUAUGGAGCAGGUCUGGGGGCAGGCUUAUAUCCACAAGGAGUUCGAGCAGGAAAGCAGAUUGCAGGCUACAGUAAUGGAUACGGCAGUGAGGUUUACGGCACAGCAGAUGCUUAUGGAGCAGGACCUGCCUUCCCCUCAGUAUUGGCUGAUAAUGUUGGCCUGAACGGUAUAGCGGGCCUUGGAGCUGGUGGUCUUGGGGGUGCAGGGCUGGUAAUGAACCCUGGUCUGGGUGUUGAUGCCAAGUCUAGAAAGUAUGGGGUUGGUGGAGUCCUCGGAGCUACCGGAUCCUUGCCUUAUGGAGGUCAGCCUGUGGUUUCAGCUGGACUCGGCCCUCAGGGCAAGACCGGUGGUUAUGGCGGAGCUACAUAUGGAGGAUUACCAACCCUUGGGCCAGACGCUGGUUUGGGUGGUACAGGUGGCGUAAUGGAGCCUUUAGCAGGUGGAGCUAUAGGCCAGAUUCCUUACAACUCACCAGUCAUUGCAGCUGGACUUGAUGGUGAGGCUGGUUAUCCUUUUGGUGCUGAGCAGCUCAGUCUGGGCGCUGAUGUUUCUAAGACAGCUGCCAAAUAUGGCACAGGAAGCUACGCAGCUGCACUAAGCACUGGAGCUCAAGCUCUCUCUGGUACACAGAAAGAUGGAAGCAAGCUUAGUGGCCUUUAUGGCAACGGGUACAAAGGUUGAUUUCUGAAGCCGUGCUGUAAACAUCGUCAAACUUAUGGACCCUUUUUUCCCUAGUGUUUCUCACUGUUAUGCAGUUUUGUGGCAUGUUUUGUGUUUGCUUUAUGUUUUGUGUCUCUUUAGGUGGAUUUUGUAUGUACAUGUUGUUUUGAUGUUCCCCCAGUCUGUCGUUUGUCUUGUCCAGUGGAGUGUUUCGUGUCCUUGUGUGUCUCUGUAUCUAACUAAAACAUGCUAAGCACUUCAAUGGCUGUUAUGUUAAUUCUUAUGAAAAACUAAACAUUCCACCUUCUGA